AUGUCUCAAAAGAUCCGCGAGGCCGACGGGCUUCUGCGAGCUAUACCAAAGCCAGGCGAGGCGAUCUUGCCCAAGGACGGCGAACAGAACGUCUUGAUCACAUCCGCCCUGCCAUACUGUAACAAUGUGCCGCAUCUCGGCAACAUCAUUGGAAGUACCCUGAGUGCCGAUGUAUUUGCUAGAUACAACCGAACGAGGAACCGGAAAACCCUGUACAUCUGUGGCACCGACGAGUAUGGGACUGCAACAGAGACGCAAGCGUUGAAGGAAGGCUUGACUCCCCGCGAACUCUGCGACAAGUACAACACGCUCCAUGUCGAGACGUACAACUGGUUCGAGCUCAGCUUCGACCACUUUGGGCGAACGUCGACCCCCCUGCAUACAGAAAUCUGCCAAUCGGUCUACCUAAACCUCCUCCACAACGGCUACCUUGAGAAGCAAAUCAAGGACCAGACCUACUGCGAAGGCUGCCAAAAAUUCCUUGCAGAUCGCUUCGUCGAAGGGACUUGCCCUCACUGUGGUGCCGACGACGCACGCGGUGACCAAUGCGACGUCUGCGCCCGCACGCUCGACGCCAUCGACCUCAUCAACCCGCGCUGCCUCAUCAGCAGGGCGCACAAGGUGACCACGCGCUCGUCCGCCCACAUGUAUGUCAAGCUCGACGCGCUCCAGCCCAAGACCGAGGCGUGGAUCAAACAGCGCUGGACGCUGGGCAAGUGGUCGCCGAACGCAGUCAUCAAUGCCGACGGCGAGAUCGUGGAUGCGAGGAUGCGCGGGGGAUUGCGACCGAGCCCUGUUACACGCGAUUUGACGUGGGGAGUACCUGUACCGCUUGAGGAGGGAGAGGAUGACCAGGGGAUGAAGGGCAAGGUGUUGUAUGUCUGGUUCGAUGCACCGAUCGGGUACCCGAGUAUCACCGCGAACUACACGUCAGAGUGGAAGCGGUGGUGGUUCAACCAGGACAACGUCCGACUAUACCAGUUCAUGGGCAAGGAUAAUGUCUACUUCCACACAGUUUACUUUCCUUCCAUCGAAAUCGGUGAUGGCCGCCCUUGGACGACGCUCUACCACUUGUCGACCACAGAGUACCUGAACUAUGAGGGCGGCAAGUUCUCAAAGAGUCAUAACCGCGGCGUAUUCGGACCCGCAGCAAAAGAGACCGGCAUCCCGCCGUCCGUCUGGAGAUACUACCUGCUUUCGAUAAGACCGGAAACUGCGGAUGCCAUGUUCUCGUGGGAUGACAUUAUCGCAGCGAACAACAGCGUCCUGCUCAAUAACUUUGGAAACUUCGUUAACCGUGCACUGAAGUUCGUCUCAUCGCAAUAUGAGAGCGUGAUCCCCGAUAGCGGUGAUGCACCAGGGCCACUCUCCCCCAACGACGAAGUAGACGCCGACUUCAUCACGGAAGUGAACGCAUACCUGAAGGACUACCUCGACGCCAUGGACGCCGUCAAGCUGCGACUCGGCCUCCAAACUGUUAUGCUCCUCUCCGGCCGAGGCAACCUCUACCUCCAGUCUUCGGGCCUCAACAAAGCACUCAUGAACGAGAACCCGAAGCGCUGCGCGCAGGUCGUCUCGCGCGCGAUCAACCUCAUUUACGUCCUCUCCGCACUCAUCCACCCCUUCUUGCCCGCGACGGAGGCGUCUAUACUCACACAACUGAACGCGCCCGCGCGCUCCGUGCCGCAGGUCUUCUCGACGGACAUCCUCGCAGGGCACACGAUCGGCACACCCGAGCACCUCUUCAAGAAGAUCGACGAGAAGAUGGCAGAUGCGUGGCGCGCGAAGUUCGGGGGGAGCAAGCCCGCGGAGGCGGCGGUCGAACCCAGCGCAGACGCGACGCACGUCGCGCCGGGCAUGUCGAAGCGCAAGGCGGCGGCGGCGAAGAAGGCUGCGGACAAGGCUGCUGGAGCGGUGUCGGACGCGCAGCCGAAGUCGGCGGAGGUUCUCGCGUGGGAGCAGAAGAUUGCGGAGCAGGGCCAGGUCGUCAGGACGCUGAAGGGCAAGCCGAAGACACCGGAAGCCGAACAGGACAUUGCGGGAGCGGUGGAGGAGCUGAAGCGCUUGAAAGAGGAACUGGCUGCGCUGCAGAAAGCGUCGUAGAGAAGGUAUCAACAACUUAGACUGAAGCAAUGCUGUAUUGUACAUGCCGUCGUACUACUGAUCUUGAACAUGUCACGUAUCGUAGAUUCUAUUGUGUCGCCUUCACACAUAUCUCAACUUCAAAAGUCUGAAGUACCAGCAAUCGGCGCGUCGGUUUGCGGUCUGCGGUUC